AUGGCACCGCGGUGUGAGCCGGCGGUUCGCGACACUGCACGGAUCGAACGCACUCUAUUUCCGGAGACAGCACAGCAUUGCUGGUCGGAGGGGUACUGGCGCGAUGGCGAAGCUCUGGCCGCGGGCUCUCGGCGAUAUUCAGCGCGCAGCGUGUGCCAAGUGGGCGGGGCGAGUGCCUCAGCGCCGUCCACCGUCAACGCACACUCGCCUCGCAGAUGUCCACUAAACGCUAUAAAGCGUUUACUCCACCAU